AACAAAAAAUGAAGUGAUAAUAACAAGCACAUAGGCUACCUGCAGUUGAGCCUGAGUCCAGUUCCAUGCCAGCGGAAAGAAGCUUCACGCAGAUGCACCUUACACUCGUCAUCUUGCUCAAGAUGUUGAAUCUUCCAACAUUGUAUUGCGUGUUUGCGGUCUCCAGGUACAAAUGUGAUCUCUGACUUACAACGAGCAAAACUCCAGUAAGAGAUGUCCAAACGAGUUCCAGGAGGGCGGGCCAAAGGUCAGGCGGCAGACGCCAUGGGCACCGUGCAAACUGUCGAUGACGAGCUGAGAGCCAAACUGAUCGGCGUCCAGUUAGAACUUCAGCAUGAGAAGAGCAAGGUUAGCCGUCUGGAGAGGGAGAGGAGUCAGGAACUGCAGGAGGAGCACCACCGCGCCACCGUCGCCAUGACGGAACUCAAAAGCAAACUCCACGAGGAGAAGCAGAAAGAGUUAGCCGUCACCAGGGAGUCGUUGCUACGGCAGCAUGAGAUGGAGCUGAUGAGAGUGAUCAAAAUCAAGGAUGGGGAAAUCCAACGGCUGAACGGUUUGGUCCUAACCCUGAGGGACAGCUCCAUGGAUAAGGUGAGGAGCGCUUUGCUGGCAGAGGUGGAGGAGACACGGAAGACUUGGGAGACCGAGCGAUCUCGCCUCCAGCAGGAGCUUCAGGAGCAACGUGGAGCAAAGAGGAGCGCAGAAGAAGCUCUGGCAGUGGCCCACCAGGCCUGCCAAUCCCGAGUAGCCGAGCUCCGAUCCGCUCAUCACCAGCACCAGGAGGAACUGAGCAGAACCAAGCGAGACUGCGAAAGGGAGAUCCGUCGACUGAUGGACGAGAUCAAACUGAAGGACAGAGCGGUUAGUGUUUUGGAUAAAGCCCUGGGGCUGCAGGCUGGCCACGCCCACCGUCUUCAGCUGCAGACUCAGGCUGCCGAGCAGCAAAUCGCAGCCCUGAGGGAUGCCCAAAGGGCGGGUCUUAACUACCCUGGAAAUGUUGGUAACACCACCACUAACAAUCCUCUUCUUAUCAUAAACCCCACCUCCGCUUGUGCCCGCCGGUCUCACCAAAACUGUGUGAUCACGACCUCAUCCCGCAUCUCCAGCAUGCACAUUCAGUCGCGUCAGGAUCAAAAACAAUCAUUGUUGUCCCGCAAUUCUGUGCCGUCGUCAUCGCUCACUGCGAUAAUUUCCUCCGAAAAAAAUGAAGGGGCAUUUGUCUGCAUGUGUGCGUUAAAGUCUCAGGAGGACCGAGACACGCGAAGGUUUCAACUGAAAAUCGCUGAGCUCAGCGCAGUCAUCAGGAAGCUGGAGGAUCGAAACGCCCUGCUGUCUGAAGAACGCAACGAACUGCUGAAGCGUCUGAGAGAAACAGAGAGUCAGUUUCUUCCUCUUCUGGACAAAAACAAACGUCUGAGCAGGAAGAACGAGGAGCUGUCACUCAUGCUGUGUCGCCUUGAAAACAAACUGCGCUUCGUCACGCAGGAGAACAUGGAGAUGGCAACCAUGAGAAGGCCAAGUUCGCUCAACGACCUGGACCGCAGCAACUCUGGUGGUUACCAUGGUUACAGCCAGGAGGACAGUGAAAUGGAGUUUCUGCGGCUUCAAGUUCUGGAGCAGCAGCACAUCAUAGAUGACUUGUCCAAGGCUCUGGAAACGGGAGGUUACGUCAAAAAUGUCAUUGAAAGAGAUUUAUUAUUACGAUACAGACGCCAAGAAUCACUUAGGAGGAAACGAACGGUGAAGUCCUGCAGGGUCAUAGAAACGUUUUAUGGCUACGACGAGGACGUGUCGGUGGACUCCGAUGGAUCGUCCUUGUCUUUUCACACUGACAAAACCCCUGACACGGAACCCGAAGAGGUGUGUGUUCGUGAGGAGGCGGAGCUUCGAUACCGCCAGUUGACGCAGGAAUAUCAAGCGCUGCAGCGAGCCUACGCUCUGCUAACGGAGACGAGCGGAGGAAACUAUGACGCCGAGAAGGAGAUUAAGACCAGAGAACAACUAAUGGCUGAAAUCAGCCAAUAUCAAACCAGAGUCACUGAUCUGGAGUCGGCGCUGAAACAACAAGGGCUGGAUGUGGCGUGGGUGGAGGAGAAGCAGUUGUUGUAUCAGAGGAACCAGCAGUUGGUAGAAAAGGUGAGGGAGAUGGAAGCGGAAGAAGUGCUUCUGAAAAACGACAUCCAGGACAUCAGGGACCAAAACGAACUCCUUGAGUUCCGAAUUUUAGAGCUGGAGGAGAGGGAGUGGCGCUCCCCUGUCAUGAAAUUUCACCAAGUCCAUUUCCCAGACUGCCUCAGUCCAUUGCAGAUCUACUGCGAGGCGGAGGGCGUGGCGGACAUCGUGAUCAGUGAUCUGAUGAAGAAGUUGGACAUCCUCGGCGAUAACGCCGUAAGUAAUCUCACCAAUGAGGAGCAGGUGGUUGUGAUUCACGCCAGGACUGUUCUCACCCUGGCUGAGAAGUGGUUGGAAUCCAUUGAGGUGACCAAGUCGGCGCUUCAGCAGAAGAUGCUGGACAUCGAAAGCGAGAAGGAUUUGUUCUGCAAGCAGAAGGGCUACCUGGACGAAGAGCUGGACUUCAGAAAGCGUUCCAUGGAUCAGGCUCACAAGAGAAUCCUGGAGCUGGAGGCCAUGCUGUACGAGGCACUGACACAGAAGGAACAGUCCAGAACGGACGGAGAAAAGGUGAGCGACGGUCUUGUGAACGACGUGCUGACGGACGACCAGAGGGAGGGGCUGAGGAGCGCCAUGGACCAAUGGAAACGAGCCGUGAUGUGCGAGUUGAGGGAGCGAGACGCUCAGAUCCUCAAAGAGAGGAUGGAUCUGCUGCAAGUCACGCAACAGCGGAACAAAGAAUUGGACCAGAUCAUCGAAGCUCAGAAGCGACAAAUCAAAGAAUUGGAGGAGAAGUUUCUCUUUCUCUUUUUAUUCUUCUCGUUGGCCUUCAUUCUGUGGUCCUAACGUCCUCUGAGAGAAGACGUCUUCACAGCCGAUGACAACUUUGGUCCGCGGGGGGUGAUUGAGAGUGUCGUCAACCGGUGUCUUGCUCGAGGACACCGCAGCCGUUGGUCCGGGGAAUGUUGGGGAUGGAUGGUCCAUUUCCGCAUCCUCCUUUGCUCUUGAGGAAGCUGACAUUUCUUUUUUUUGCCCACACACUCCUCUGCCAGUCGACAAAUCGAACCACCGGGGCAGGAACAAACAAACAAACGUGUAUGCAACCAACUUAAGCGGUGAAAACAUUCGGCUUUGGGUCUGGCUUUUGCCUUUUAGUAUCUGGCGCCCUGUAACUGAACACUCAGUCACCCCGAGACCAGCUGACCUCAACGUCCCACAACACCUGCGUGCUGAUUUCCACAGCAGGUGAUGAAGGUUUCUACUGCCUUUUGUCUCAGAUGUCAAAAAGAACUAUUUUACCCAUCUGCAGAAAUAUGUUGUGGACAUUGUUUUAAAAGGUGCAAAAUAAAGCGUGCGAGAACAGCACUCGC